AUUUUUUUUUUUUUUAAAUUAACCAUAUUGUACCUUUCUGUGAUCCAAUAUGGAGCAGAAGUAUAUAGUGAUAAUUUUCGGCAUUCUCAUGGCCUUGCUUCUGAUUAUAGACAUUAUUUUGAUCGUUUAUAUUGUGCUGGAUGUGAGCUAUGCUUAUGAAGUAUACUUCCACGCAAGGCGCCCGGAUCCAAUCGAGCGGGCUAAAGCUGCACCAUUAUUCGCUCCUAUAUUUAAAUAUUAAGAAUGAAUCAGCAAUUAGUAUUGAUACUAAUUGGCGUUUCGGUUAUCCUGUGCCUUAUCGCACUAAAUUUGCUGUUCAUUUACUUUAUAAUCGACAAUCCGUACCGAACAACGCAUUCGAGAAGAACAUUGGCCACGAUGGCAUCCACUUGGGCGCCGCUGCUAGAAUAUGAGGAGUUUGACGUAUCGACUGGUGCCGGAGAAGAAGCGUCACCCGCUCGCCGCUAAACACAAUUUUCAGACACAUAACCCCCGGUUCGGCUUGGUCUUUCUUUGUCGAAUUCAGAUCAGUGUCGCGCGGCGCACAGCGGUGUCAACUUGUCGUGUGCAGCGCAUAUCCAAAGUGUUACAGAGUAAAACCAUCAGCCUUUCCAGCCAUAGACCAAAGCCAACCGAGCCUUACACGGGAUCUACACCGAACUGCCCAGGAGUCCAGUUGGAUACACGAUCCACCUCACAUAUCCAUACCCCUACACAUUCCAAUUUCCAAUCCAGUGAUUCGAAAACCUUUGCCCACGCGAUCCCGAUCACGAAACCGUUUAGCCGUUGAACUGAGGAAGCGCCAGCCAAAGAAGAAGCCUGGUAUAAUGCCUACCAUAACCGAGGAUUGCAUAGAUGGAUUCCAACAGUACUACUCGCGGCCACCGGAGAGGCCCAAGAAGAAGUCCCUGAAGCAGAUGGUCUACGACUCGGAGGACAACUCCUACUUCGGACGCUCGAUGGACAGCUGGGCCAAAAUCGGAAUCUUCUAUGUGGCCUUCUACGGAGUCCUAGCCGCCCUCGUUGCCAUCUGCAUGUGGGCCUUCUUCCAAACUCUCGAUCCUCGCAUUCCCAAGUGGACCCUGGACCGUUCCCUGAUAGGUACAAAUCCAGGUCUAGGUUUUCGACCCCUGCCACCGGUGGACAAUGUGGAAAGCACUUUGAUCUGGUACAAGGGCACCCAACACGAGAACUACAAGCACUGGACAGACUCCCUGGAUGAUUUCCUUGCGGUGUACAAAGUACCUGGUCUAACACCCGGCCGUGGUCAGAACAUCUACAACUGCGACUACAACCAGCCGCCGCCAAAGGGUCAGGUGUGCGACGUGGACAUCAAGACGUGGUCGCCGUGCACCAAGGAGAAUAACUACAGCUACCACAAGAGUGCGCCGUGUAUCUUCCUCAAGCUGAACAAGAUCUACGGCUGGAUUCCGGAGUACUACAACAGAUCGAAUGACUUGCCCGCGAACAUGCCCGCCAGCUUGAAGACCUACAUCGCAGAGGUCGAGAAGACGCAGCCAGAAAAGCUAAACACCAUUUGGGUAUCGUGCGAGGGCGAGAACCCAGCCGACCAGGAGAACAUUGGUGCUGUCAACUACCUGCCAAUCAGGGGAUUCCCCGGCUACUUCUAUCCCUACCAGAACUCCGAGGGCUACUUGAGUCCCCUGGUGGCGGUGCACUUCCAGCGCCCCAAACGCGGAAUCAUCAUCAACGUGGAGUGCAGGGCUUGGGCUCGCAACAUCAUACACGAUCGCAAGGAGAGAAUCGGAUCGGUGCACUAUGAGCUCCUCAUUGAUUAAAUUGUACCACACUAUUACAACAUAACAUAAUAGCAAACACAAUAACAAGAAUCUCCGAUUAACAAGAAUCUCGGUAUCAGAGGUGUGUGAGGACGAUAAGUCUCGUCUAAGACAAUCCUACCAGAGGCAAACCACCAGAUGUUGUAGUGAAGAUUGUGAAAGGUUCAGAUUUUCGAAUGUCAUUAAAAAUCCAAAUUAUUUAAACUUGUUUUCCGCGUUAUAAAGCAUACAAAAUAUAUAUUCAAGACUUGCAACGCCUAUAAACAUACAAAUUUUGAAUUCCAAUAACUUUUUAUGCACUUUACGAUGAAAGUUAGACGUAAGAUUGUAAAGCUAAACCACCAAGAUGGGAACUCAAUGGACAGGAUGGAACUAAACCAGCCUGAAUCUCGUUUGGCGCUGACCAGUAAAUUUGGCGCUGACCAGUAAAUAGUAAAUCAAUCAAAUGCAACAAAUUUACAGCAAUUAAUCCAAACUGCCAUUUCCAAUGAAUUAACAAACGAAUCCCUAGAUAUUACAAAUUUAUAAAGAAAAUUUAAGAAUCAUUUUUGAGUCUGCCGCUAUGUAACAUGUAACCGAAAACAGACCAAUUUUGUCUACCAAAAAUCUAAAUAUUUACAGCUAGCUUCAGAAUUUACCAUAUUUAUUAAUAACUUAGUCAAAAGUGAAGCCUAUAUACAUAUACAUCACAUUUUGAUAGACGACAAAAGUGCAACAUUUGGAAAACAGAAAAUCGUAACUUCGGUUAACUUGUAAGCUUAUGAUAUAAUAAUUGCGAAGAUUGAAAUUUAAGGAAAUAAAUUGAGACGGCUAAGAGACACAAAACACUUUCAAUUCCUUUUCAAUAAAAAUCAAAUGAAAGUAGUCAG